AUGCCAACGGCGCGGCAGGUCCAGCGAUGGUGUUCGCUGCGCCUCGAGCAGCGCUUACAGUGGAUACGCCUGCUGCGACUGCUCUACCUCCAGGAGCUCAAGGUCAAGCCGUGGUGGCCGCGCGAUCCGUUCUUCCCCAAGCGCGACCGCGAGUCCUUCCGCGAGUACACACAGCACACGCUCGAGCAGUCGUUGGCGGGCAAGACGCUGGACGCGGUCAUGAUUCUGCUCAGUUUUACAAUGGUGUACCUCUACAUCCACGUUGUGUGGUCCAGUGGCGAAAACCUACCCAGCGCCGGCAUUUCCUUUGCGACCAAGGCGAUCGGCGCCAUCUUUACGUUCGACUACAUGAUACGACUGUACGCCGCGCCGCUCCGCUGGAGCUACGUUCAGAGUUACGCGUCCAUCUUUGAUCUUAUUUGCAUCGUCCCAACGUGGGUCGAGAUCGGCAUGACGCAGGCCCAGCUGCUCGCCUUCUCGCAGGCGACGCCCGAGAACAAGCAGCUUGUGCAGUUUGUCCGCGUCCUCAAGGCGUUCCGGAUCCUGCGCGCGUACCGCCUCUUGCGCUUCACGUCGUCGAUGGUCCAGCGACAAGUGCUCCUGACGCUCCUCACGGUCAUUUGCAUCAUCGUGUCCAUGUCGGGCGCGAUGCAGAUCAUCGAGCUCUGCCCGGACCAGUGCGUGCAGUGGGGUUGCCAGGACUUUCUGCGCUCGGACGGCCAGAAGUGCGUCACCAGUCGCUUCUGCACCACGGGCGUAGGCGCCUCGCUCGCCUGCUGCAACUGCCAGAGCCGACCGUUCUUCGACUGGAUGUACUGCAUCACGGUGACCAUGUCGACAGUCGGGUACGGCGACAUUGCGCCAAAGACGCGCCUCGGCCGCCUCACGAUGGGCUGCAUGAUCCUCUUCACGUUCGUCAUGAUCCCGCUGCAAGUGAAUGCGCUCGUCGCGCUCAUGUCGGAACGCUCCAAGUUUACGACUCGGUACACCGACUACAAGGCGCACCCGACCGCCGUCCUCCUCUCGGCCACGGACGCGAUCAAUGCCACGAUGCUCAAGCAUUUUUUGCGCGAGUUUUUCCACCCGACAGCCCGAAUUGGAGCGAGAACCUCUUGA